AUGAGCUUGUUGCAGCUAUACCGCAACUUAUUCACGCUCCCGGAAGACCGAUUUGUCGCAGCUCCGCCGGCGUUCCCGUCCAGCGGAAAUGGCCUAUGGUACAAGCAACCCGGAAGGUUCGACGACUGGGCCAGUGAUUGGCUGCCCGUCGGCAACGGAUUCCUGGCAGCUACGCUGCUGGGAGAGACUGCCCAGGAAGUCACACAACUGAACAUCGAGUCCCUCUGGUCUGGUGGACCUUUCCAGGAUCCCUCCUACAAUGGAGGUAACAAACAGCUCUCGGAGCAGGCAGCCACAGCGGAAGCCAUGCAGGAUAUUCGUCAGAGUAUCUUUGACAGUUCCAGCGGCACCAUCGACAACAUCGAGCAGCUCACUACCGAUGCAGGAGCCUAUGGUUCCUACAUAGGGGCUGGCUAUCUACUGUCGUCUCUCGAUCUGAGCGGUGACGUCUCGAACUAUUUCCGCUGGCUCGACCUCGACUCUGCAGUGCACGGAACGCAGUGGACACAGGGGAACACCACUUUCACCCGCGAAACAUUCUGCUCUCAUCCCGCGGAAGCCUGUAUCCAACACAUCAACUCGUCCAGCACUCUCCCAGCGUUGACCUUUGCCUACUCCGUCGCCGCAGAGUCCGGCAUCCCCACGCCCACUGUUAUUUGCUUCGACAACUCGACGCUUCAGAUCACCGGUACCGCUUCUGACCCUGGCAUGGCGUUCGAGAUUCUCGCUCGGGUGACCGCGCUUUCCAGCGGAGAUGCAUCUCCUUCCGUCUCAUGCACCCCCUCUGGAACGAACGCGACUAUCACGGUGAACGGCGCGCAAGACAUCACCCUUACGUGGGUCGGCGGGACGAACUACGACAUGAGCGCAGGCGACGCCGCGCACGACUUCUCCUUCCAAGGCGCCGAUCCGCACGAUGCGCUUCUCGCACUGCUCACUCCAGCCACCGCGUCAUCGUCCUCCUUUGACUCCCUGCGCUCCGUGCAUGCCGAUGAUUUCGCGUCGGUCAUCACGCAGUUUGCCCUGGACCUGGGCCAGACGCCCGACUUCGACACGCCGACGGACGUGCUGAAGGCGCAGUACGAGACAGAUGUAGGCAACACAUACCUGGAGUGGGUUUUGUUCAAUUAUGGGCGGUUCCUGCUUGCGACCAGCGCGCGGGGUGUGCUUCCGGCCAACCUCCAGGGCAAGUGGGGCAAGGACGCGAGCAACCCGUGGAGCGCAGACUCGAACAUUAACAUCCAGAUGAACUACUGGUUUGCAGAGCUUACUGCCAUGGACGUCGUAACGCCGCUCUUUGACUACUUCGAGAAAACAUGGGUCCCUCGCGGCUCGCAGACGGCGCAGGUGCUAUACAACAUCUCACAAGGCUGGGUCACGCAUAACGAGAUCUUCGGCCACACUGGUAUGAAGGGUGGAGGCAACACGGCGUCGUGGGCAGACUACCCCGAAUCCAAUGCGUGGAUGAUGUUCCACGUAUGGGACCACUUUGACUUCACCCAAGACAUCGACUGGUUCAAGGCUCAGGGUUGGCCGUUGCUUAAGAGCGCCGCUCAGUUCCAUCUGCAAAAACUCGUUCCGGACCUACGCUUCAAUGAUUCGACGCUCGUCGUGAGCCCAUGCAACUCGCCCGAACAAGUUCCAAUCACCCUGGGCUGUGCGCACGCGCAGCAGGUCAUCUGGCAACUUUUCAACGCCGUCGAGAAGGGUUUCCCCGCUUCGGGUGACACAGACACGGCGUUCCUCGAUGAGGUGACGUCCAAACGCGCACAGAUGGACAAGGGUAUUCACGUCGGCUCAUGGGGUCAGCUACAAGAAUGGAAGGUCGACAUGGACUCGCCCACCGACACUCACCGCCAUCUCUCGCACCUCAUCGGACUGUAUCCUGGCUACGCGAUUACAGGCUACAAUCCCAGCGUGCAGGCGACAUCGCAGAACCUUACACACGCGCAGGUACUCGCCGCGGCGGAGACGAGCCUCAUCCACCGCGGAAACGGCACGGGCCCCGACGCGGACUCGGGCUGGGAGAAAGUCUGGCGCGCGGCGUGCUGGGCGCAGCUGCAAAACGCGACUGAGUUCUACCACGAGUUGUCUUAUGCCGUCGAGCGCAACUUCGCACAGAACCUAUUCAGCCAGUACUCGCCCUCCGGAGACCCCAUCUUCCAGAUCGACGCGAACUUCGGCUACCCCGCCGCGCUCCUCAAUGGCCUGGUCCAAACCCCAGACUCCGCAUCGCUCUCCGACGUCUUCACCGUCAGCAUCCUCCCCGCGCUCCCCGCGCAGUGGAAGAGUGGCUCGAUAAGGAACGCACGGCUGCGCGGCGGGCUGGGCGUCAGCUUCUCGUGGGGCCCCGCGCCGGGUCUCACGUCGCUGACGGUCAGCGCGGAUGCGAACGCUGCCCCGCGCCGGAUGCGCAUCGUGCACGGGGGUCAGGAGCUUGCGACCUUCAACGUCAAGCCGGGGAUGAAGAUGCAGAUUGUGUAA